AUACCUCCCACCGACAGCGCGGUAGUAAAAAUAAAUAAUUUAAAAAAGAAAAAAGACAACACGUUAGGGUAAAACCCGUGAAAAGCCUCAGUUUGGGAAUUUUUUUCUUUACUUUUAGAUAUCUGUUGGAGUUCCGAGGAAAACAUGAGCAUCUUUAUGUUGGUGUUUAUUUUCGUCCUCCAAAUUUUUUGUGACAGCCAAAAUAUUUCCAGACCAAAUAUCGUUUUGGUGAUGAGUGACGCAUUGGAUGGCCGAUUGUCCGUUGAUCCUGGCAGUAGACUUGUACAUCUUCCAUACAUUAACUACCUCAGGGAGCUCGGCUCAACCUUCCUCAACGCUUACACAAACUCCCCAAUCUGUUGCCCCUCAAGAGCUGCUAUGUGGAGUGGUCAGUUUGUCCACCUGACUAAGUCUUGGAACAACUACAAAUGCUUAGAUGCGAAUGCAACCACAUGGAUGGAUUUGCUGGAGAAGAAUGGAUAUCGCACCAAGAUGAUGGGCAAGCAGGAUUACACCUCAGGGGGUCACUCCGUCAGUAACCGGGUCGAGGCAUGGACACGAGAUGUUCAGUUCCUGCUGCGCCAAGAGGGCCGGCCUGUUUCUCAGCUAGUUGGGGACAUGUCAACUGUAAGGGUUAUGACACAAGACUGGAAAAACACAGAUAAAGCUGCACAGUGGAUCCGUCAGACAGCUGCAGUAUCGCACAAACCCUUCGCUCUUUAUCUCGGCCUCAAUUUACCUCAUCCCUAUCGAACGGACUCCCUCGGGCCUAACGCUGGAGGCUCCACAUUCAAGAGUUCACCAUACUGGCUCACAAAAGUGUCUUCUGAGCUUGUGUCUGUUCCUAAAUGGUUACCAAUGGCUAACAUGCACCCUGUUGAUUACUACUCCACCUUUACCAAAAACUGCAGUGGAGAUUUCACAGAGGAGGAAGUCAAAAGCAUCAGAGCCUUCUAUUAUGCCAUGUGUGCCGAAGCAGAUGCUAUGCUAGGUCAGGUGAUUUCAGCUCUAAGGGAGACCGGCCUGCUUAACAACACAGUUGUGAUCUUCACAGCUGACCAUGGAGAGCUAGCUAUGGAGCACCGUCAGUUCUAUAAGAUGUCAAUGUUUGAAGGUAGUUCCCAUGUUCCCCUGCUCAUCAUGGGGCCAAAGCUGAUGUCUGGUCUGCAGGUCAACCAGCUUGUGUCCUUGGUUGAUCUCUAUCCCACUGUGCUUGAAAUAGCUGGUAUUUCAGCUAUAGGAAAUCGAAGUGGUCAUUCUCUUCUGCCUCUGAUAGCCGAGUCUAGGGAUUUUUCCAAGUGGCAACAUCCAGGCUGGGUACUGAGUGAAUAUCAUGGUUGUAAUGCUAAUGCCUCUACAUACAUGCUAAGAGUUGGCCAGUGGAAAUAUAUCACCUAUGCAGAUGGACUCAGUGUUCCCCCACAACUUUUUAAUCUCAUAUCUGACAAGGAUGAACUUCACAAUGUUGUUUUAAAAUUUCCAGAUGUGCAGGCUCAUCUCGAUAAACUUUUGCACAGCAUUGUGGACUAUCCAGAAGUCUCCGCAGAUGUCCAUCUAUACAACAAAAGAGUAUUUGCUGAAUGGCGAGAAAGUUUGGGGCAAAACUAUAGCCAGGUCAUAGCUAACCUCAGGUGGUACGUAGACUGGAAAACAGAUGUAUUAGGCAAUGAGAGAGCCAUUGACAAGUGGCUAAAUCACUAAUCAAGAUGACUUUUAAAUGUUUAUUUGAUCCAAAUAAAGUUAUUAAACUAAUACGUUUACUCUAAUUUGUAUGCUGUAAAUAUGUGUAGCCCUUUUUAAAAUGUAGUUUUCACAUUUUCAUUUCAUUGUAACAAAAAAAA